GAGGGAGAGAGAGAGAGAGAGAGAGAGAGAGAGAGAGAGAGGAAGCAAGGAAGGGGGUGCAGAGCAAGAGACUUGACAGUAUGAGCAAAGGAUGAAGGUGCAGAGGGAGAACGCAUGAGAUAGGGACAGAGGCAGAGGUGUUGUUCAGUGCUGUACAAUAGUGCAAGAGACUGCUCGAAAGAGAGAUACAGAGAGAGAGCAAGAGAGAGAGAGAGCAAGAGAGAGAGAGAGAGAGAAAGAGAGUGAGCGAGAGAGAGAGAAAGAGAGAAAGAGAGCCGGCAUCAUGGCAGCGCUCACUGCAUCAUCACGACACAUGGGGAUGUUUGGCUGCUGCUGGUGAACACUGUGUGAUGCAGAGGAGAGAGUCGAGGACUUCCUGGAAACCAAAGGCAAGCCGAGGAAACAGUUGCGACUAGUGGGAGGAGCCACAUGAUGAGUGGGAUCCUGAAGAGGAAGCUGGAGGAGGGCCCGCCCCCUUACCUGUCACUCCAGGGUUCUGAUGAAGACGUGUCCUGCAGUGACAGCGGCAACAGCAGCGAUAGUCUCAACCAUCCUGUUCCCUCUGGGCUGCUGGACACCACUCUCCAGCAGCAAUCGAAGCGACUGCGGGGCCGCAACGUUCACUUUGAGAGCGUGACGGUGUACUACUUCAACCGUCGGCAGGGCUUCACCAGUGUGCCUACACAGGGCGGCAGCACCUUGGGGAUGUCACCACGUCACAGCGGGGUGAAGCACUUCAGCCUCAGGGAGUUUGCCAUGGAGCAGAAACGGAGCCACCGGAACAUGCUGAGGGAUCACCUCAAAGAGGAGAAACUCAAUGCCAUCAAGCACAAACUGACUAAGAAUGGCACUGUGUCAUCCGUGGAGGCGGAUACCCUGACGCUUGAUGAUAUCUCCGAAGACGACCUGGAUGUGGACAACACGGAGGUGGAUGAUUACUUCUUCCUCCAGCCUCUGACUACCAGGAGGCGCCGGGCCCUUCUCCGUACCUCAGGGGUUCGACGCAUUGACGUAGAGGAGAAACACGAGCUGCGUACCCUCCGCGUGUCCCGAGAAGAGUGUGGGUGCCGCUGCCGGGGGAUAUGCGAUCCGGAGACCUGUGCUUGCAGCCUGGCCGGCAUUAAGUGCCAGGUAAAUGGAACUGUGGUGGACCGCAUGUCUUUCCCUUGUGGCUGCACCAAAGACGGCUGCAGCAACAGCAUGGGACGCCUGGAGUUCAACCCGGUCCGGGUACGCACCCACUUUCUGCACACCAUCAUGAAGCUGGAACUAGAGAAGAGCCGCGAGGAGCAGCAGCAGCAGCAGCAGCAGCCGGAGCCGCAGCUUGUAACCAAUGGCAACGGUUACCAUGGCGACUCCUCCUUGGUCCAGCAGCAGCAGCAGCCGCCGAAUCUGCAGUUCCCAUUGAUAAGUGGCACGUCACACAUUCCCAUUCCCAUCCUGCACCUCCAAAACACAGGCGACACCGAUUCACAUCUACAUGAAGAGGAGGAAGAAGAGGAAGAAGAAGACGAAGAGGAUGAGGAUGAUGAAGCAUAUGAGGAAGAGGAGGAUGGCAGCAGUGUUUGCAGCGGGCUGUCGGACUGCAGCACACACAGCUUAGACACAAUGGACCCUGAUGAAGAAGAAGAAGAAGAAGAAGAUGAAGAAGAAGAAGAAGAAGACGAUGAUGAAGACGAUGGGGAUGAAGAAGAUGAUGAAGAGGAGGAAGAUUGGGGUUGCUCGUUGCAUGGAACGAGUCCUCCGCCCUACUCGGUUCCACUUCCCUCUGUGCUGAGUUACUCUAACAACACACUCAUGAGCCUUGGCAACCCCUUCCACAACAACACUCCCUCCAUGCAGCGUUAUCAAACAGACAGCUCUGUGAAUGACACCCAUGCUUUCCUCAGUGAAAAUGUCCAUGUCACCCAGACACUCCCCACAGUAGAGACUGCAUUAGAGUCAGAAAUAAAACCAGAACUCCACCGCCAAAGCACUUCUGGCCUUUUCCCAGACCCCGCAGAGACCCCGGCACUCCAAACUCGCACACAGGUAGACACCCAUGAGAGCAACACUGCCCCCGUGGGUGCAGCUGCCAAACAGCCGCUCCCCACAGACCACCAGAACAAUCCAGAACGCCGUGACUCACAGACUGAGGCUUCGGCUGGGUCUACGGCGCAGACAAAGGGGGAAGUAAUGGAGCUGAUAAAGGAGCUGCCAGGACCGCAAAAGCACGGAGACGCCAAUCAAAUCACACACACGUCAUGCACAGAGAGUACCUGAUGACUCAAACGCUUCAGAGAGGCCUCAGUUAAUAAUUGGAAAUCUUUAAUCAAGAACUGUGAGCUUCAGGCAUCAGUUUGAUUUGUUCUUGAUAAGUGCACUUCCAAAGACAGAAUGAGUCACACAGGCUCAAAGAGGUGAUCUCGUUUUAUCUCUAUUUGUCUCUAAACCUUUCCUGGAUUGUUGGUUUAAAUACAGACUAUUAAAUAACAAAAACUUAAUUGACAAAAUUCAAUAAAACAAAAUAGUGUUUCUAUGUGUUACUUGUCAAUUUAUGGAGUAUCAUUUAAGCCCUCUUACACAGUAUUUGAUCAUAACAGCAUGCUUCCUGGUUGUGAAUGGCAUCUAUGACAAAUCAAGAUUUUGAGGUGCAUUGUAUUGUUUUACUAUUUUACAUUGUGCUGUCUCAUCCUUGUUGCUAAUCGUUCUUAAAUGCCUGUCUGUAUAGCAUGUGUUCCUUUUAGCUAAGAUGUUUCAAGGCUUUACACAAACUGUAAAAUGAUAAGUGAUGCCACUGGCAAAACAUUGGUAUUUAUAUGAGUGACUGCCAACAUAAAUCUGUUCUAAUUCAUACUAAGUACAUUUUUGUUCCUUUUUUUGCUCACAUCUUCGGUUUAGACUUGUAUAUCUCAGUUCAACUAAUGUCUGAACAAUAUUAAAAUAAUGUACAGACAUUCUUGUUCCGCACAGAAUGAGUUAUAAUAUGUUUGGACAUUUCUUAAAGCAGACAUGUUAUAUUAUUAAUUAUGGAUCUUGACUACUUGUAUGCAAUCUCAGAACUCAUUGGCUAUCACUCUGACAAAAGUCCGCAACAGUGAAGCUAGUAGAUAUCGGAUAACAGAUAUCUGAAUGAAGAUUUCCUCUUCCAUGCGCCUGUCAUGUUUACAGCACUAGUCAAUGACAUUUUGGUUGUAUCUACAAACAGAUAUCUGCAUAUGAAUAGUAAAUAUGUAAAAGAUACAUUUAUGACCAGUCCUUCACGAAAUAGCAGACAAUAGUGGCACCUAGCUGGUGAUCAUAGUUGUGCAUUUAGCAGCUAAAGAGACAGACAUUUCCCUCAGGAGUUGGUGGAGACCAAAAACAGAGGUAAAAGGGGGAAUAUUAGACACACAUUCAU